CAGUGUAGGGCGCUGAGUUGAACUCUUGAUUGUUCCCCGCUAAGGGUUUCAGAUGCUGUAAUGAACUCUUCCGAAUCUUCAGCUUCAAGUGAAUUUGAGUCACAUCAACUGGAAAAUGACAUCUCCUGGGAAGUGAAAGCAAACAACACGAGCUACCAUGCUGGGAUUAAGGAACGCACCUCCUUCUUGUUUAAGAAAAGGAAGUAUGCUGACAAUAAAAUCAAGACCUCCAAAUACAACGUUUUUACGUUUCUACCUCUCAACCUGUUUGAACAGUUUCAACGAGUGGCUAAUUUUUACUUCUUGCUUAUUUGUAUUCUCCAGACUGUUCCUAUUAUUGCCACAUUGCCUUGGUUUACAACUAUGAUCCCGCUAACGAUGGUCCUGGCAGUAACUGCAGUCAAGGACAUCAUUGAUGACGUUGCACGCCAUAGGAACGACAGCGAGAUCAACAACAGACAAUGUGAGGUUCUCAAGGGGAAGGGUUUCAAGUUUGUAACGUGGAAGGAACUCGAAGUGGGUGACGUGGUUUGUUUGAAGAAGGAUGAUUUUGUUCCAGCUGAUCUCUUCUUGCUGUCUAGCACGGAGCCAAACAGCCUAUGUUACGUUGAAACAGCUGAAAUCGAUGGUGAAACCAACCUGAAGUACAGACAAGCAUUGAGUGUCACACAUGAUAAGGUGAACACCUUGGACCAGUUCGCAAAGUUUGACGGUAGAAUAAUUUGUGAAAAACCAAAUUGUGACCUGCACUCAUUUAUAGGCACACUGUACUGGCAAAACCAAGAGUACUCAAUCGACAAUGAGAAGAUAUUACUACGAGGGUGUCGAAUACGAAAUGCAGAAAAGUGCUAUGGAGUGGUUAUAUUUGCAGGAGUGGAUACAAAAAUAAUGAGGAACAGUGGGAGAUACAUCUUGAAGAAAACCACCAUUGAACUUCUCAUGAACCGUGUAGUGAUGAUGGUUCUCUUGAUUCUUGUGGUUAUGUCACUUUGCCUUGCUGUUGGAGCUGUCGUAUGGGAUUCAACAGUUGGGCUGAACAUGUCCUAUCUUGGCUCUUUCCCCAUAAUACUCAAUCUGGGAUAUGAUUGCUUUUUGGCCUUCUGGUCUUAUAUUAUCCUCAUGAACUCCAUCUUGCCAAUGUCACUCUAUGUCACUUUUGAACUUCUCCAUGUGGCUCAGAGUUUUUUCAUUAAAUGGGAUUUGGAGAUGUAUUGUGAAGAGAGUGACACUCCGGCCAAUGCAAGGACUACGACCCUGAAUGAAGAACUGGGGCAGAUCAAAUAUAUUUUCUCGGAUAAAACAGGCACUCUGACUCAAAACAUCUUGGCCUUUAAAAAAUGUUGCAUCGAUGGUCAGAUCUAUGGGAACCAAUAUGAUGGUGCUGCCGCAACAAUGGCUGACCUCAGCUGGAACACGUAUGCUGACGGAAAGCUCAAGUUCUACGACUCUUCGCUAGUGCAACUGGUCCAAUCAGGGGAGCAGCCGGGAGUCCGCGAUUUCUUUAAAUUGCUGGCUCUUUGUCACACAGUCAUGGUGGAGGAGAAAGAUGGUCAGCUCAUUUACCAGGCAGCCUCUCCAGAUGAAGGUGCUCUAGUAUUAGCAGCAAGAAACUUUGGCUAUGUGUUUCUGUCCCGCACACAGGAUAGCAUAACCAUCAGCGAGCUGGGCGUGCAGAAGACAUACACAGUGCUGGCCAUCCUGGACUUCACCAGCAGUCGCAAGAGAAUGUCUAUCAUCCUGAAAGAUUCUGAAGGGAAGAUUAAGCUGUUCUCCAAAGGAGCAGACACGGUGAUAUAUGAAAGACUUCAGCUCAACUGUCCACACAUGGAGAGCACUCAAAUGACACUCGAUCAAUUUGCGACGGAAACGCUGCGGACUUUGUGUCUGGCUUCCAAAGACAUUGAGGAAAAUAACUUUCAAGACUGGAGCCAAAGGCAUCAGAAAGCCACCGUGGCGCUACAGAACCGCGAACAUCUGCUCGAAGCCUUGUACGAUGAAAUUGAAACCAACCUGGUGCUCGUCGGAGCAACGGCCAUCGAAGAUAAGUUGCAAAUCCGAGUUCCCGAAACCAUUCAGAACUUGAAAAAGGCGGAUAUUAAAAUAUGGGUAUUGACCGGAGACAAGAAAGAAACAGCAAUUAACGUUGGAUAUUCCUGUAGGUUGCUGUCAGACGAAAUGGAGAUUUUUGAAGGCAAGGACCUCAACGUAGUUCUGGAUAGGCUGCGGAAGAACGACCAUCGAUUCAGUGACGAUAACACGGAAGACAUCUCGGACACUGUAAAGGACAAUGAGGAGUCUGAGUUCCUGUCGUGUGACAACAAAGCAUUAAUUCUCACCGGCAACUUCCUGGAUAAAUUCCUCCACAGCUCCAAGAGACCGAUGAAGAAGGAUCGAUGGUGGCGGAAGCAGUGGGCCAUGGUUAACCGUGAGGCGAGAAGGAGCGUGUGCACUGAGGCGGAGGCACGUGAGCGAGCGUUCGUGGAGCUGGCCUGCCAGUGUCAGGCUGUCAUCUGCUGCCGCGUCACUCCCAACCAGAAAGCCCUGGUGGUCCAAAUGGUGAAAAAGUACCAAAGGGUCAUCACGCUGGCCAUCGGCGACGGGGCAAACGAUGUGAACAUGCUGAAAACUGCCCAUAUCGGAGUAGGGAUCAGCGGGCAGGAAGGGAUGCAGGCCGUCUUGUCCAGCGACUACUCUCUUGCACAAUUCUACUACCUUGAGAGGUUGCUUCUGGUUCAUGGCCAGUGGUCCUAUCAGAGGAUCUGCAAGUUCCUGAGAUAUUUCCUCUACAAGACCUUCACUUUUUCCUUUGUCCAAAUCUGGUUUGCAAUCUUCAGUGGAUUUUCUGGUCAGUCCGUCUUUGAGCUGUGGUGCAUUACUUUCUACAAAGUGGCUUACAGCUGGUUUCCAGUGGUGUCGAUAGGGGUCCUGGACAAGGACAUGAGCGACGUUAUGAGCAUCAGGUGUCCUAAACGCUACAAAAUUGGACAACGGAACGAGCUAUUCAAUUACAAGAUCUUCUUGGUUACUAUAAUCCAUGGCCUUCUCAGUUCAUUCAUCAUAUUUUUUAUACCGUACGGAGCAUUCUUGGAUGGAGUGGGUCAGGAUGGCACAGGUUAUCAGUUUAUGGCAAUGGCCGUUGGUACGGGAGUUGUGAUGACUAUUAACGUUGAGGUAAUGUUGGAUAUUUCCUACUGGACUGUUCCUUCCAUGUUGGCCAUCGCCAUUGAUUUAAUUCUCUAUUUCUGCAUGACCUUUAUGACUCAGAGCAAUUUUCUCUCUCGGAGGAAUCCGCAGAUGUUCCAAUUCAACGGCGCAGCAGCGUAUGCUUUCAAACAACCAUUAUUUUGGCUCACCGUCCUGUUGGUUGUCGCCAUCAACAUCAUCCCUUCUCUUACAGUUCGAUUUAUUUUACACUGCUUUUACUCCAAAGAUGCUGGAAUUGUAACCUACGAGGACCUACAAAAGGCUGGACGAAUGAUGGACGAUAAGGCUGCUCAUUUCAGGCGGAAUUCGACGUAUCGUCGCUCAAGCUAUGCGUUCUCCCAGAACAAAGGCUUUGCCAAUCUCAUUACGUCUGGAGUAAGCCUACGGAAGAAAAAGACGCCUUUGCAAUCAAACUCUGGGCAACCUACGCCCAACUGACAAGAGUAGGCGAAAAAUUUACAAUUCUGAUGGCAUUAUGAUUGUACGGAGAUGCUGGAAGAUAUUGCAUUCCCAUUAGAUAAGACACAGACAAUGUGAAGUUGGUUGGAGGAUUUUUGACAUAAGCCUUUGGCAAUACUCUGUAUUCCUUGCUACGUGAAGGUAACAGUGCCUUUCCCUAUGAUUGCCUUAAUUAGAGAGUCGUGGAGUACAGAAACAGGACCUUCAGCCCACCAAUUGUGAACAUAGAACAAUACAGCACAUGAACAUGCUGAACAUGAUGCCAAGAUAAACUAAUCUCAGCCUGCAUGUGUUCCGUAUCCCUGCAUUUCCAUGUGCAUGUCUAAAUGCCCCCUUAAUGCCACUAUUGUAUCUGCCUCCACCACCGCUAGCAGCUUGUACCAGCCACCCACUGUUCCAAAAACAUGUCCCGCACAUCUCCUUUACACUUUGUUCCUCUCACCUUAAAGCUAAGCCCUCUAGUCUUUGACAUUCCCACCCUCACAUGGUCUAGGAGCAGAAUAAAGCCAUUCGGCCCAUCAAGUCUAUUCCGCCAUUCAAUCAUGGCUGAUCUAUCUUUCCCUCUCAACCCCAUUCUCCUGCCUUCUCCCCAUAACCCCUGACACCCUUGCUCAUCAAGAAUCUGUCAACCUCCACCUUAAAAAUACCCAUUGAUUUGGCCUCCACAGCCGUCUGUGGCAAUGAAUUCCCUGGGAAAAAAAGGUUUGGACUGUCCAUCUAUACCUUUCAUAAUAAUAUAUACCUCCAUCUAUACCUUUCAUAAUAAUAUAUACUUCUCUCAGGUCUCCCCUCAGCCUCUGACAUGCUCUAUGUUUAAAAAAAAACUUGCCCCAUACAUCCCCUUUACACUUUGCCCCUUUCACCUUAAAGGUAUGGUCUUUAGACUUUGACAUUUCCACCCUGGGGAAUAGGUUCCGCAGUCGAGUGCUUUCUCUAUAACUAAACAAUAUGCAUAUUGUUCUUUGCUGUUGGUGUCCAAGGCAGAAUGUUGUCCUGUAAGCCUCUUAAACUCUUUAAGGGCCGGACCACCUAAUUUAAUUAAUAAAUUUUAGAUUUUAAACUUCAGUAUCUUUUU